AUUACAGGUGCAUACGUGUUUUAAUCUUGCUUCAUGGGACAGAGCGAUGCUUAUUUCUACCAAAUUCUUUCAUUUCGCACAAAAACGCGUCAAACGAACUUAAUUUCAUCGAAAUUGGAGAUGAGGAGAAAUGUUCUAAAUAAAUAGUGAUGUGCAAUAUGAUAUGCUCAGAUUUGUCCAAUACUAAUGAAUUUUACCAAGUCAAUCUACCUGAACGUACCUAUAGCAGUAGGAAGUUUAAGCUUAAAAAGAAAUUAAAACUCGAAGAACUCAAGGACCUCGACAGCAAAGAUAUUGUCUUCUACCAGGACAGUGCUCACCCCCAUAUGAGCGAGUUUAGAAAAAUUGAAGAGCUUAAUUCUUUUGUGCCUGGUGGACAAGUCGGAGUUGCUACCAAUGUAUUAACAAAAACACAAAACCAGGUUCACAGCUUCGAAACUGUGUUCGACUUUACCAAAAAGAUACGACGAAAUAGACUUUUAAUACACCUUACACAAUUUAUUGACAAAUUUUCUACGCGGGGACAACAGGCGAUAGUGUUAGUGGUUACGCCAGACAAACCAAAUAGUAGAUACAAUGUUUUUGGGACAAAAUCUUUAAAGGCUGUAGUUAAAAAUCUAAGGACCGUUAUCAUGGAGGAACUGGAGGAUGAACUUGCGCAAGAAGUACCAACGUCUGUGCAAAAUCAAUUAACCAAAUUACCACCACUUGUAAUCGAUGGUAUAAUGACCCCGGUGCAGAUGAUGACACAGCGACAACUUAGGUUGUUCAUCCCGUUGAUGUUAAAGUAUUCCACAGGCAGAAAAAAGCUUGGUUGGGGAAUAAAAAAUGCAUGCCCUCCUUGGUGGCCCAAAAAAUUACGUUGGAUUGAUAUCCGGGCAGGCGAUACGCGAUCGAAGGAUGAAAAACGAAAAAUCUCUUGGACUGCUGUAUUACGGAAAAUUGUAAUAAAGUGUUACAAAUAUCACGGAAGAGAAGACCUUUUGCACACUUUUAGUGAAGAUAUGAAAUCUAAUGUUAAAACACAACAAGCGACGCCUUAUUCUUCAUCGCAUCCUUCGUUGAAUCAAAAGCAAAAUAAAAGAAAACAAUCGCAACAGCAGCAAGCGAUGGAAGUUGUUUGCUUCAACAACACGGAUUCAUCUAAGGAAAACUCUUUGCCAGCACAUAUCAUUCCUCAAGCUCUUGUCAUUACUAUUCAGCAAACUAUUGAUGAUUUUGUUACGCGAGGAGAACAGGCAGUAAUGUUAGUGGCUAUGCCAGACAAACCAAAUAGUAUUUACGAAGUCUUUGGAACAAAACCCUUAGAAGUUGUAAUUAAAAAUCUAAGGACCGUUAUCAUCAAGGAACUAGAGAACGCACUUACGCAACAAGUGCCGUCGCCUGUACAGGAUGAUCCAUCAUUAUUCGAAUUACCACCACUUGUAAUUAAUGGUAUACUGACCCCAGUAGAGAAGAUGACACGGGAGCAUCUUAAGACGUUCAUGCCGUUGUUAUUAAAGUAUUCAACAUGUAAAGAAAAGCAUUGCUGGGGGAGAAAUAGACGACCUCCUUGGUGGCCCUUAGAAGUAUCUUGGUCUCAUGACUGGUGGAAGGAUGUUCGAUCGGAGGAUUUGAAACGAAAAGUCCCUUGGAUUGAUUUAUUGCGGCAAAUUGUAAUAAAUUGUUACAAACACCAUGGAAGAGAAGAUCUUCUGCCAACCUUUAGUGAAGAUGACGAAUCCAAUGUUAUAAUGCAACAAGCGACGCUUGAUUCUUCAUCGCAUCCUUCUUUGAGUCAGGGGCAGAAUGGGGAACACCUCAACAGCACAGAUUCAUCUAAUGAAAACUCUUCGCGAGCACAAAUCAUUGACGCGUCUCUCAUAACUCUUACCACUGCUACUCAGCAGAUGACAGCCCAAUAUCCGACAACUCUAUUGCAGACAAUAAUCAAUCCAGAUGAAACAGUUUCCAUCAUACAGGUGGAUCCUAGUGGCGCACCAAUUACUAUGUUACCAGCUAACACAAUAACCCAAAAAGUUGUUACUAUCCAUACAAUUCAAGUUGUAAAAACAUUAACAGAAGUAGCUGGCAAUACAAAAGGCGCUACCGCAGCCAUUAAUUUGAAUGCCGUAACAGAAGCAAUAUCAGGUCAAGAUAGCCAGAUCAUCCGAGGAAAAUGGAAAACAGUUUUUUAUAGACUCUACACCGUCCAGGCUCACCAACUAGGAGCAAGUUGAGCAGUAACUCGUUUUUGGCCCUGGAUCAUUAUUUUAUGUAAAAAGAAUUAAAAAAGAAUGUAAUAAUGGUUUAAAUUCAUUAAAUGCAAUAUUACAAGUGUCCUUGUAAUAUUUUCAGUAAUA